AUGCGAACGUCCCUUUUACCGCGGCUGGGCGUCACAGUUAUUCUAAGUGGUGCAGCCGUCCUCCUUCAGGGAUGCACUGAUAGCUGCACCAGUGACGGUGUUGUCACCGUUUGCUGCCCAAGCGUCUUCUGCAAAAAUGAUGAGGGCUGUUGCCUCAAGGAUCCCCUCAACCUGUGCUCCGCCGAGAAUGGCACAGGUCUUUUGCUGGACUUUGUCAACGAUAAGAAGGGUCAUGGAGGUUGCCAAUGGGAAGCAGAAACCGAGCCAAUGGGCCUCAAUGGACACUACGUGCGAAGUGCGUAAGACAAUUGCGCACCAAUAAGAGCCUCUGUACCGCCUCCCAGGUAUGAUCAAAGAGACUUGAAUGCAUUUUGUAUAAUUGGUCCAAUUGUGCGAAAAAGGAUCGACUUGCAGCAUUGAGCGUUUUCAUUUUUUUGAGACAGGACCGAUUUUGUGGCACCGGACAGUCACAUUCCAGAUCCUUGCAUAUCUGGAUCCAACAGAUUCACUCGUCCGAAUCAAUGAUGGUGACCUUCAUCCGAAACUGAGACCACCACGACCACUAGAACCAUGACAUUCACCAGCAACUGAGUGUACAGCGCUGCGGGCUUCGUGCUCCGCUG